AUGGAGAAAGUUAUGGUCUACACAGCCACACCUUUUGUUUGGUCCCCUCUUUUUCGGUCAGAUGUGGAUCAAUGCAUCAUCUUUGUCUCGAAUCAUGGUAUCCAGAAGUUGACUCUAGAUUUGGCCAACCAUGAGAAGUAUGCAUUGCCUUAUACCAUAUUCACUUGUUCAACGUUGACACAUUUGAAGCUCUCAAGGCAUAUCUUUAAGCUGCCUCAGAAUACCCAAUUCCCUAAUCUUGUUAGCCUUCAGUUGGAACAUUCUGCUCUUGAUGGUCAUGUAGGAUCGAACAGAAACAUUCUUCUUCUGCCAUUGCUUGAGACCUUGGAGUCAAGAUUUUGUGUUGAUGUUGAUCGUGUUUAUAUAUCUUCUCCAAAGCUUGUGAACUUGUCUAUCCUGAGAAGCUAUACAGUAACAUUUCAGUGUUUUAGUUUGAACCCAAUACUUAAACGCAUUACGCACCUUUGGUUGGAUGGGUCAUCCCUAAAGAACUUAGGGUCAGUUCCUGUGCCAGAUAGACUUGCUCUACCACUAAAGCUGCAAAGCUUGAAAAUUAGUGAUUUGAAGAUUUCUGUUAAACAUAUUUCUUGUGCGCUUUGCUUACUGCGGAAUUCUCCCAACAUUUAUAAACUUGGCAUAGAUGAAGUUGUGAAG